AAACACAGAAACAUCUGUGCAACUGUGUGGCAGUUGUCUACAGACUCAGCUCAAAAACCUCCAGUGUGACAGAAAGACUCUUGCGUCAUAAUCUUGCGCCGCAUACCUCGUUUCUGUAGGACGCGUUGAACGAGCAUGGGGCACCUUGUAGUUUUAUUUCUUCUCAUCUCGCCGCUCAUCUACCGUCAUAUUCGAGGUCACUCUUUGCCUGUCUGCCACGAGCAACUGGGGUUCAGGUGCGGUGAUGGCUCGUGUGUCUCGAGUCUGAAGACAUGUGAUGGGCGUUCAGACUGUAAGGAUGGAUCAGAUGAACGCCACUGCGGCCAUGUGUGGUGUAAGAACGAUGAAUUUGCCUGCCAUAGCAAACAGUGUAUAUCAACAAAACUCUUAUGUGAUGGCGUUGAUGAUUGUGAUAACGGGAGAGACGAGGAUUCCUGCCACAACUGCACGGCUGGAUUCUUCUCCUGCGGGCCGUCCGGUGCAUGUCUGCCCAGAAUAAAGCUCUGUGAUGGGCGGACUGAUUGCAGAGAUGGACGGGAUGAGACCUGGGAAUUUUGUGGCUUGGCUAAGCCCAUGCCUCAGACUUCCCCUGCUUGUGCGGUGUCGGAAUAUCACUGUGGCAAUGGAGAAUGCAUCCGGCAUGCAUGGAGGUGUGACCACUCGCCAGACUGUUCCGAUGGCAGCGAUGAGGAAAAUUGUGAUCAGGAUGAGUGUCAGGUCAACAAUGGCGGCUGCUCUCAUUAUUGUGUGGACCAGAAGAUGGGUUUCUUCUGCCACUGCCCCGACAACAUGAAGCUGGUGGACGACAGCCAAUGUGAGGAGGUUGACAUGUGCUUGGAGGGUGAUGUGUGUGAUCAGCUGUGUGUUCACAUAAAUGGCAACCUCACCUGUGACUGCCAAGAGGGCUAUAACAGGACUCCAAAUGCCGGAGAAUGUAAAGCCAAAGGAGAAGAGGCUCAGCUGGUUUUCACCACCUCAAAAGGAAUACAGUUUAAUAGUCUUGUUAACAGUGAGAAUAAGGUACUGGCCCCACAUUUACCAGGACCGGGCCCUGUGGCAGUCGUGGCUUCCAACCGAACACUGUACUGGGCUCAACAUGGGCAAAAAUCCAUAUACAGGAUCUCAGUGGAUGAAAAGUCGCAGGAAGCAGUGUUGGUGCUGAAAGUCGAAGGCUCAGUGUCUGGCCUUGCCGUGGACUGGAUUCACAGACUUCUCUAUUGGACCAGUCCAGAGAGGGGUUCUGUUAAUGUGGCACUGCUGGACAGUUCCUUUCAGCAUCAGCUCGUCACAGGGCUCGACAGACCCUCUGCUGUUGCUGUGGAUCCUCUCCAAGGCUUCCUCUUCUGGACACAGUGUGGGAGCUCUCCAAAGAUCCAGAGGGCCAGCUUAAAUGGGAGCGACAGGAUAGAUCUGGUCACCUCCUCAGUUCACCAGCCUGUUGCCGUCUCUCUGGAUAUGCCUCGCCAGCUGCUGUACUGGUUUGACCAGGGAAUGAGGAGCAUCUCAAGAGUAAAUCUAGAGGGUCGUCACCGUAAAACAGUAGUACAAUCUAACGGCUAUCUGGACCGGUCAUUUGGUCUCGCUGUGUUUGAGGGAUAUGUAUACUGGGCUGAAGAAGUCACACGUUCCAUCUGCCGAGCAAACAAGCACAAUGGCAGAAACUUCCAGGUUCUGCUGUCUAACUUAACCUCACCAGGCGGUGUGGCCAUUCUUCAGCCUGCUCUUCAACCGAACGGACCGUCUGCGUGUGGACUUCCUGGGGUGGUGUGCCAACAUGAGUGUGCCGUUGACCUGCUGGCCAAGAGGCUGCAGUUUAGCUGCAUUUCUCCUCCUGCCAUUUCCUCUAAAACUACAUCAUCGACAUUAUCUGAUACUGCAUUUGCUGGAAUCCUCUCAUUAAUCAUGUUUCUCAGCAUGCUGCUGGUGGGAAUGGCUCUGUGGUGGUGGAGAGAAGAGUGCUCAUCUUCCAGGUCUUUUACUGUGCAAAGCUUCUCCCUUAAAGAGUCCCAAGAUCCUCUCAUCAGCCAGGAGCCACCUGUGGGCCCAAACACAUUUCUGGGAAAGGAAACCAAUGCAUGAGCUGGACUUGGAUGGUGAAUAAAGCUGAGUGAGCCUGUCCUGCUAAUAAUGUCAACCCUGUAGUGACUUCAGAACCGACACACCCAGCUGAUCAGACUCCAACCAGCCAACUCCCACCACUUCCCCCAGGAGGUAAACAUCACGCAAAUAAUGACAUGAAUAUUUGUGUUGUGGGAGGGGAGGAGGCCUGCUGUCAUUACUGUUGUGCCUUAAUUUUUAAGGGUAAUUUUAGUCCUGGCGACUGUCUAAGUGGACAGCACUGGACAAAUAGACUUCUAAUUUCUUUUUUAGAUAUCAACCAAAUGAAUAAAUGCCUUGGUUAAUGACUUGUUUAAAAUGUUAAGAGUUGUGUUAAAGCCUGAAAGUCUAAUUGAAUGAAUAACAGAUUAUAUAGAAAAAAAAGAAACCAAUAUAUUUCUGCUCUUUAUUUUUUUCCUAUAUUUGUUUUGGGCUGUUGAGCAGACAAAACAAGUAAUUGGUAGACCUUCCUUAAUUUUGUAUUAGAGAAGUUACCAUAUGCAAUACCUUUAUUUUUAAUUGCACUUUGUUUUCCAGUGUUUUGUUUCUAUCCUUUUUAGUAUUGUGGAUAUGUUUUACUGUAGAAUAUCAAACAGGAAUCAUGAUUAAUCUGAUUUAAGUAUUUGAGGAAAAACUCCUGCUGUAAGGUUUUCUCUUGGCCUUUGUAACUUAGACAUUUCUAUACAUGUUAGUGUCAAACUUCAGUAAGCACUGUGGACUGUGUGGACUGUAUGCUACCUGUUGGAUUUUGGAAUUUGUUAAGCCUAAUAUUUUAGGCUUAACAUGUUUCAUUUCUUAGCAUUUUUCUGCUCAGUUAAUCUUUGGGAUCACUCCUAUUUUUCCUUUCUUACAUUUAAAAGCUGGUGCUUAUGAUAUGUAAGAGAAUUUAAUGGUGUCUUUGUUCAUUAAAGCUGGAUCAGUUCUCCAAACCACAAUCCAUUUACAAGCUGAAAUUCAGCACAAAGUUGGAUGAAUUGCAACAAUACUGUUAUGUACGAGGGGAAAGAGAUGAGAGAAUAUGUUUAGUUUCAUGUUUGCUUUCUGAAAACUGGCUCUAAUAUGGGAACAAAAACGUGUGCUAUCUUUUGUGAAAUGUGUCAGUGUUAAUUAAGAGAUCAUUUUGUUAGUGUUUGCUGAAACUACUGAGUAGUGUGGUGGGUAUUUAUUUUCAAGGAAGCAUUUAUUUAUUUUGUGCAGCUUUACAAAUGCACACAUGUGGUUUAUUUGAAUGUAGCCUAACUCUGUUCAGUGCUGUAAAUGAAUCAAAUAAAAACCUAAUGUUUUCA